CUGAGGAUCGUAUUUUUGUUCCUGUGUCAACGAAAAGAAGAAAAGAACAGCAGCCAGUGACACUGGGCUAAGUUGUCAUCAAAGAUAGUUUUUUUUUCAAACGUUAACGGAAAGGUCUCCUCUUACCUGACAGUAGCCAGGCAUCCAACACCUUAGCAGAACUCAUAUUAAAGAUGAACUCCAAUGUGGAGAAUUUGCCCCCUCAUGUUCUUCGCUUGGUCUACAAAGAGGUUUCAGCUUUAGCAGCAGACCCGCCUGAGGGUAUCAAGAUUUAUCCCAGUGAGGAAGACAUAACUGAACUGCACACAGCCAUUGAAGGACCAGAGGGAACUCCAUUUGCUGGUGGCAUUUUCCGAAUGCGACUGGUCCUUGGAAAGGACUUCCCUGCGGUUCCACCCAAGGGGUAUUUCCUGACCAAGAUUUUUCACCCCAACGUGGGUCACAAGGGAGAGAUCUGUGUCAACGUGUUGAAGAGGGACUGGAAGGCAGAACUCGGCCUCAGACAUGUCUUACUUACAAUCAAGUGUCUUCUCAUCCAUCCGAACCCAGAGUCGGCUCUGAACGAAGAGGCCGGGCGUUUGCUGUUAGAGGACUAUGCAGAGUAUGAGUCCCGUGCUCGUCUGCUCACAGAGAUCCACGCAAUGGGCGGGCCCGGCGGGACUUCUGGGGCUCCUCAGGACCCUAACGAUGGCCCACAGCCAAAGAAGCACGCAGGUGACCCCACAAAGAGAGCGGGACCCAGUGCAGCAGCUGUGCCAGCAGCUCUGGGUAAUGGCGCUAAUGGAGCCAGUACCACCACCAGCAAUAGCAACAGUAGUAGUAGUAGCACUAAUAAUGUAGCAGGGAAAAAGAAAGCAGAUAAAAAGCGUGCAUUGAGGCGACUUUAAUACCUCAGUGAAAUUUUCAGUGUGUGUGUAAUGUGUGUGUGUGUGUGUGUGUGUGCGCGCGCAAGAGUGUGUAAAUAUAAAUAUUGAAGUGUGCUGACGAUGUUUUUGUUCCCUUUUUUUCUGACUCUUUCUACCACCAAUCCAGACUAUCCACUUUGUACUCAUACCUUAGCCUUUGUUUUGCCACCAGUUGGCAUUACAGGUUUGUUAAUUGUUUCCAUACCUAAAGACGUGAUGAAAAAUAUUUGUUCCCUCUUUUAAAUGAACGAAUACACUUUCACUGCGAAAAUUAUGCCAUCAUUUGUAUUCUUCCCUCGGCCGUCUUCAGAAUGAAUGACACAGGGAAUGGUUUUCACUGUGUAAAACGUGGCCUCUAAUGUCUGUCCUUUAAUGAAACAUAACCUCAGACUUGAUAGCAGCUCCUUUUUAAAGUAUUUCUUGGUAAAUACUGCUGUGAUGGUACUGUGUACUGCUCAGCCAGGCUCACUCUUGAGUCUGAACCAAGAUGUUACUUUAAUUAAAGUCAGGUUUUCAAAUUGAGCUCAAAGGAAAUAAUGGUGGAAGUUGCCAAACAAUUAUGCAAGAAGUCACAAUUGGGAGAGAAAUGUUGUUAAUGUCACACGAAAUAGUAACAUCUUUUUAAAGUGUACUUUUCAUAACUGAACUGACUGAAGUAAAGGCAUGGCAGGAGUCUGCAGCGGAGUAGAAAGUCUGUUGUGUUCUUCAUAGAGUCUCAACCCCCUUAAGUUUUUUUUAUUUCUCUAAAAUUGUUUCACUGUCCAGUAUUUUCAAAAGUUGUUUAUAAUUGACAUGUCCAUAUUCAGCUGUCUUGUGGUUGUGUGUGAAGACAUAGAUCAGUGGCUGUAUGGGAACAGGGUAGGUUGCCAGACAACUCUAUUUAAAAAAAAAAAAAAAAAAAAAAAAAAAGAAAAAAAAAAGAA